GACGCUUCGAAACGAUUAACGGAAAUAAGAAUUUCACCCACUGUUGUUUCUAUCAUCAGAUAGUUUUCCCCGGCGUGAACCCCCUGUACAGAAAUUGAGCACAUUAGCGCAAGUAUGAUUUCUAGCAUGCAGGGCAAAGAAAAUUUUCAUUGCUACCAAGAAAUGUUUCUAUAUCUUCUCCCGAUUCUUCAGGGAAGAUUUUAUGAAACAAAAACUCUAUUUUUUGUUUGACUCAACUCACACGAAACCUUUCCUCUGCUUCUUGUGUCAAACUCGGACCAGGUAUUUUGCAUGCAUAAAGUUUCCCUCGGAAACUCCACGCGAAGCUCUUCUCCAGCUGUUCGAGCUCGUAUAAUUCUUCUUACAAAUCUUUUGCACUCCUGCUCUAUCUCUUUAUCGCCAGACACAUUGCAAAAGCCAACCAAGGGAUCCAAGAUCACUGGAUGAUUAUGGCACCUCCGAUUGAAUCUCGGACCAAGGUGGACACGAAAGGGCUUAAAACUAGUCAAAAUACCGUUGACAAUAAUCCCGACGGAACACAUGUAGACACCACAGUACAGAAGGGUAUCCAGGAGAUUGAGGCGAUAACUAUCACAUGGUCAAGGACCUGGCUUAUCAUUGCUUAUAUUUUGAUCUGGAUUACCUACUUUGUUCAAGGUCUGGUGUCUGGCGUCACUGGCUCUCUUCUUCCAUACAUCACGUCUGACUUCGCUUUUCACUCUCUCACGCCUACUACAAGUAUAAUGAGUGCUGUUAUUGGCGGAGUUUCUAAUCUGAGCAUUGCGAAGGUUCUGGACAUCUUUGGUCGACCUCAAGGAUAUACUUUCUGCGCCGUGCUCUGCGUCAUUGGUCUUAUUAUGUCAGCUAGUUGUAACAAUGUCGAGGCGUAUGCUGCAUCUCAAGUCUUCUACACAGUUGGCAUAAAUGGCAUAGGAUAUAGUCUCAGUGUCUUUGUCGCUGAUACAUCCUCACUACGGCAUCGAGGCCUGAUGCAAGCAUUUGUCAGUACCCCUAAUCUGAUCACUUGCUGGCUAGGUGGGCCAAUAUCUACAGCCUUUUUGAAUGGGCCUGGCUGGCGCUGGGCCUAUGGAGCGUUCGCAAUUCUCAUUCCGCUUGUGACUUUUCCGCUUUCAGGCCUUUUCAUAUGGCAAUUUUUAAAAUCUAAGAAGCUAGACCUUGUACAAAGGAAUGAUAGUGGAAGCACAAUUUGGCAGUCUAUCAUCUACUACUGCCGCGAGUUCGAUGCUGUCGGUCUUAUUCUGAUAUCUGCUGGCGUCGCGUUCUUUCUAUUGCCAUUCAACCUUUACACUAUUGAGGCUAAAGGGUGGGGAUCCUCCCUUAUCAUCUGCUUCCUAGUUUUCGGUAUCGUAUUGAUCAUCGCUUUCGCUAUAUGGGAGAAGUUUUUUGCGCCCAUAUCAUUCAUUCCAUGGUCUCUCCUCAAGGACCGUACAGCCUUCGGUGCUUGUCUCCUCUCAUUUACGCUCUUCAUUAGUUACUCCUGCUGGGCCAGCUACUUCAGCUCUUUUCUACAAGUUGUGAAUAACUUGAGUGUUACCAAUGCCAGUUAUGUCAUUCAGACGUACACUGUCGGCGGUGUAUUGCUCUCACUCGUCACUGGUGGUAUCAUCAGCUUUACUGGGCGUUACAAACCCAUUGCCCUUUACUUUGGUGUUCCUCUGACGAUCCUUGGCAUGUCGCUCCUAAUCUACUUCCGUCAGCCUGACCAGAGCAUUGGGUAUAUUGUGAUGUGCAUGAUAUUUAUUUCGUUUGCAGAGGGGGUCUUGGUUAUUUGUGACGAGAUUGCCAUCAUGGCCGCCUCUGCGGAACAGCAACAUUUUGCGGUCAGUCUGGCUGUGUUAGGAUUGUUUGGAAACAUUGGGUCUGCUAUUGGUCUUACCAUUUCGGCUGCUAUCUGGCAGGGUAUAUUUCCGAGAAAGCUUUCUACAUAUCUUCCCGAUGUGGAUCCAGCAAAUGUAUUACUAGUAUAUGAGUCCUUACCGGCGCAGUUAUCGUUUCCGCUAGGAUCGACUGAACGCCUUGCAAUCCAGCACGCCUAUGGUGAUGCGCAGAGAGCAUUGUUGAUUGCUGGCACCGUUGUCUGGGUUCUCGGUAUAUUGUCGGUAUUAUUGUGGCGCGACAUCAAGGUUAUUGGAAUUCGCCAGACAAAAGGCCAGGUUGCUUAAGCGUUGAGAUUAAUUUUAGUGCAUAGAUUUUCAAAAAUGGCUGCAUGUAUAUGAUAUAGUUCCUGCAAAUACUAUCAACGAUAUAGCAAUUGUCUGAAAAAGGAACCUUUCUCCACUCCGUUGAAUCUGUAGCUUUUGUCCGUCGUUUGUGUGUAACUUUCGGAGAAAAACGUAUUGGCGGGAGCAUAGCUUCCGUCUUAAAAUUUGAUAAUCGAAGCUCUUGUAUCUCAGCAAGAGACUUCCUACAUCCACAAGAUACACGGAAGCUUGAAAUCGGUCGGCUCAUUGCAACUGGGCAAACGGGCCCA